AUGCCAAACUCAGAAUCCGUCCCAAGUCUCCUCAACUCAUUUACCGACAAAUGGUCUCCGCGUCUUGUCGUUGCAAUUAACGACCACCACGUCAAAGUUGCCAAAAUAGACGGCGAAUUCAUCUGGCACGCGCAUCCAAAUUCAGACGAACUUUUUUAUUUGUUGGAAGGCAAAUUGACCAUAGAGCUCGAGGGCCACGAUGAUGUUGCGAUGCAGGUUGGGGAUAUGUUUGUAGUUCCAAAGGGCGUCAGACACCGUCCUGUCGCAGAAGAGGCCUCUAUCAUGAUGAUAGAACAUGAGUCUACAAUCAACACUGGAGAUGAAACCAGUUCGGACAGAACAAUACAGGUCAAAGAUGCUCGUAGGCAGUAUUGA